CUGCAAGGAGAUUAUUUCAGAAGGUAUUAUCGAGUUUCUUGGAAUACCUUUCAAGUUAUCUUAACGAGAAUAUCUCCCAUGAUUGACAAGGCAGAUGUUUUUGCCAGUCGUGGAUGCAUAACCAGCGAGAUCAGACUUGCAUGUGUUCUGCGAUGGUUGGCAGGAGGAUCACAUCUGGAUAUAACAUCGGUUCAUGGUAUCAGCUCUACUGCAUUCUGGGAUGCUGUUGACUUGAUCCUUGACUCCAUCAACACGGGUUUUGAUAUAAGUUUUCCAUUCAAUGACGAUCUGGAAAUGCAGAAAAUUGCACAUGGAUUUGCCAACUUGCAUGCAUCACCACUAUUCCAUCACUGUGUAGGUGCUGUAGAUGGGAUGCUGUUACAGAUACAAUCUCCCGCCAGCUCUGAUACGCAGACACCAUCCCGUUUUUGGUGCAGGAAAGGCUUUUACGCUUUGAAUGUACAGGGAGUUUGUGAUUCUACUAUGCGGUUUGUGUAUGUGGGAAUCAAUGCACCAGGUAGUGUACAUGACUGUGCGGCAUGG